GAGGAACGCGAACCGUUGUAUUUUCACGGGGGCCAUACGUCGUCCGUGCGCGAUAUUUUUCGUUCGAUCGCCAAGAUCCGGAGCGCCGUCGUCGAAACUCGCGAUUCGUCCCGGUCGUUCCUCGCGCGGCACGUCGUCCCCGCCGCGCAUCGGAACCGGGCUCGUCGCGAGCGAGCAGCUGGCGCGGAUGAAGAAACGCCACGGGCGAGAUUACGCGACAGCGUAAUCACGUUCGACGUGUUCCGUCUCUCUUUGCGAGGCGAGGGACGUCCUGCGAGUGUAUCCCGCGAGUGUGUGCCUCGGGUUCGAUCCUAUCCGGAGAGAAUCGACGCGUCCGAGGAAGCCGUUCCUUGGCCAUCAGGGACGUGUUGACGAGCCCCGAGACAUUCGUACGGACGGAUCUUCACGAGGAAAUAAAGGAGGUGUCGCGGGUCGCGGGGGAGGUGACGGGCGGUACAGAGUGAAUCUUUAUUGAAGGUGAUAUCUUUAUAUCGAAGAAAACAUACCAAAUACAGUAUCGUCACAUCUCGUCGCAUCCGGCGAUGGAUCUCGAAGGAUCGUGUCGCAAUUACCUCGUGACCGAGUUUGAGGAUCGCGCGCUCAGGAUCCCUUGUACUUCGCACAACGUAUUAGCCGUGCUUAGCCGGUUCCAUCGAUUGAUCGAAGGUACGACGACGACCGCUAUGCUUCAUCGAUGAAAAAACUGAAGAAAAAGUUGGACAACGGGACGGCGGGGCAUCAGCAGCAGGCGACCGGGAUGGCGGGUGGAUUGAACGUGAACGCGACAGACACCUCCGACCUUGCGAAUCGCAUCUGCAGGGACUUUCUGAGAAAUGUGUGCCAUCGCGGGAAGCGUUGCAAGUACCUACACGAGCGUUCCGACGACGAUCCGGUGGAGGAAUACACCUUCUGCCAUGAUUAUCAGAACGGCAUGUGCAAUUGGCCGGGCUGCAAAUUUCUUCAUUGCACGGAAAGCGAGGAGAAGCGUUUCCGGGCGACCGGCGAGUUACCGCCCCACGUUCUCAACAGAUCCAAAAUCGGUAAUAACGACAAGUCGGAUUAUCCGUUGUGCAAGGAUUUUCUCAAGGGCAGUUGCCAGAGAGCCAACUGUAAAUUCAGACAUUGGAAGAAGGAGGAGCCGCAGCACAAUCUAAUGUCGCCGCCGCAUCACAACGCGUCCAGACCGCAGCACAAUUUCAACGGCACGAGCAACGGCGGUGGUGCCGGUGGCGAGAAUCGCAGAUACGAGGAGGACAGAAAUUUUCACUGGCAAAUGGAAGAUCAGCAUAACAAUUUGGUUGCCAAUAAUGGCGGUUACAACACACAUCCGGCCGAUUACAUCGGACCGCCGGAACCAAAGAGACGGAUAGUCUCGGGUGAGACAGUCGUCCAUUUCGACGCUUCUACGAUCGUGGGCCAGCAGCACGCCACUCAACCGGCAGUUACGCCGAGUUACUAUUAUCCUGUGAUACCGCGCAACGAGGCACGGGCUAUCGUACUUGAAGAUGAAAAUGCAUUGUUGAGGAAAAAAAUUGAGGAAUUGAAGAAACAGGUUAGCGAUUUGACGGCGACGAAUGAAUUUCUGUUGGAUCAAAAUGCUCAAUUAAGGAUGUCGGGCAAACGAACCGCAAAUGUAACGGCUGUAACGGUGCCGGCGGUCACAAUUACAAAUACAGUUCCGCCGUCACAAGCUCCAACGCCUCAACAGAUGGUCAACGCGGCCGUGGCCGCGGGCACUCUUCGGACAGUCACCGCCAGCGUAGCCACCGUUCCUGUGAGCAUCGCAACUGUAGCGCCCGUCUCGAUUGCGGCAGUCUCUAUGGCUCCAGUUUCGAUACCUCCACCGAUAGUCACCAUGGCGCAACAGACCAUCUCGAUGAGCGGCUCCGGACCUCCCCAAGCUACCAAUCAGCAACCACCCAACACACAGCAGCCCGCAAGCCUACCUUUGUCGAUAUCCGGCGCGACCGCACCUCUCGUUUCUUAUCCCAUUAUGUCUCAAGAACUUAGGCCUGUCUUGCAGUAAGUCGCGUAGCAGAAGAAUAUGGAUAACAGUUGUAUUCUGACAAGAUGUCGACGGAUAUAUGAUACUUACAUACUUGGCUAUCAAGAAUAUAACAUCUUCUGACUAAAUCAUGUUUCUCUUACAAGAAACCAAUGUACUUUAAAAGUACAAAGAACGGAAUACAGAGACAGAUCAGUGGCUGUGGAAUGACACAGAUGUAUUGCAGAUAUAGCAAAUAGAAAUAUUUACAUUGGUGUAAUAUUCACAUACAUCUUAAAUUUCUUAACUUCUCUAGUUAUUUACAUAGAGAUAGAACCUAAAGAAAACGGAUGUUUAGUUUAAAACAAUUUUGUUAAAAAUAAAUAAAUAAUUUUUUUGUUAAAAAUAAAUAAAGUCAAAUUAUAUUUAGUUAAAAAUAGAUUCUAUCCCUUUGCCUCCUAAUAAUUAUAAUCGAGUUUGCAUUCAAAUUCUUACGGGGUACGUUUAUCUUAUAUUUGUGUGAAAAACUAUAAAAAAAUUUUUUUGUUUUUUAUCUUCUGUGUGAAUAGUAUCAGAAAUAUACAGUCGAUUAUAUAGCAUAAUAAUCGUAGGCAAAUACUGUCGGCGAAUAUAUAUAUAUCCAAAGUUUGUAUGGUUGUAGAAUAAUAGGAACGACAAUCUACAAUCAGGACAUGUUAGUUGCAUCAUGACAUUAUGUUCCUUUGUAUCUUCUUUUUCUCUAUACAUUAUAUUAUACAUAGUCUCUAUAAAUCUCGUUUCUCUAUAUGUGCAUAGAACUAAAUUGAAAUUAUAUCAAUAAUAGUGACAUUAAAGAAUUGUCGAUAAAAUUGUAAAAUAAACGGGCGUAAAUAAGGAGAAUGACUCUCAUUUAGAUUAAUAUGUUAACAUAAGUACAAAGAAGAAUGAUUGUAGCAGAAUGAAAAAAAAAUAUAUGUAUAUAUAAACGAGAAAAAUUGUACUGUGUGAAUGUACUGUUCUUUGAACUGAUUUCAUAGAACUUCAGUAUAAUAUUACGGUACUAAAAGUACAACAAAAGUUUGUCUAUUGGAUGAGAAUUAAUUUCGAAGCUCUUGUUCAAUUUGCUUAAGCGAAAUAUUCCGUGUUUCAAAAUCAAGUGAGUUAUUCUCCUUGUUUAUAGAAUAAAUUAUAUAAAAUAAUCCUUUUAGUAUAGUUUUUGCAUAUUAAUUAAUAAUGAAUAUUAUGUACACAAUGCUGUACAUAGUAUUCCAUAUUGCUUCUUCUUUAGAUUAAUCGAAAGAAAAGUGUAUUUUAUACUUCCGCUUUUAAUAUAUAUAUAUAUAUAUAUAUAUAAGCUAAUUACUCUUAUAAAAUAAUACUUUAAUUAAGUACUUAUCACUAUAUAUACACGGUUCUUUACCGGUCCCUAUAAUUUACUUAAACAAACAGCUUUCUGUUUAAAUAUUAGGAUAAAAGCAAUGAAAAAUUUAUACUUAUAGCCCAUAUACGAGCGUAUCAGAUCACACAUAUACAUAUAACAAAUACAUGUUAUAAAUCAAAUGGGCAUCUGAUUUUAAGUCACGUUAUUAAUCAACUCUAUACACUUGUAUAUAUUUUGCGAUAAUUAGCAUUUAAGAAAUUGAGCACUAUGUACUCGUGUAUUUUAUAUAUGCAUACAAUUAUGUAUGAACAAUCUUUUACGUAUGAAUUUAUGUUAAAAAGCACUUUAUUAAAAAAGAAAAAAAGACGAACGUGAUUU